GGAUCCUUUAGAGACAAGAGACGGCCCAGGGAGCACCGCAGGAGAACAGUCCCUGACAAGAGGUGGUGAUGCUGGGGUGCUCUCUUUGGCGCUGUGCAUCCCCUGCGCUAAGUGGGGUGAGGCGAGGAGCUGGGGGGCUGGAGCUGCUACUCCUGCUGGUCCUCUCAGGCUGGGUUUGGGCUCAGCAGCCACAACCACAGAUUCUCCCCUGCCCUGCGCUAUGUGAGUGCUCCGAGACAGCCCGAACAGUGAAGUGCGUCAACCAUAACUUGACAGAGGUGCCGCCUCAGCUGCCGCCUUUCGUGCAGGGCCUCUUCCUCACCCGUAACUGCAUCAGUAACCUCUCUUCUGCCUCCUUCCUCUCCGCCUCCUUCUCGGAGCUCACCCUCCUCGACCUGAGGGGCAACCAGCUGAGCUGGGUGGGCGCGGAGACUUUUGCUGGGCUGCCCCACCUAACGCAGUUGGACCUCAGCGAUAAUUCACUCACUUGGCUCAGCCCCAUGGCCCUGGGCAAUACCAGCAGCCCCCUGGAAGAACUGGACCUGAGGAGCUCCCUCUACAACAACAGCUUUGUGUCCCUGGUGGCGGAGCUGCUCCAGACGGGCACACUUCUCAACUUGAAGCGCUUGGACCUGUCGGAUAACAAUUUGAUUUUUCUCCCAGCCAGGAUGUUCUCCGCCCUGCCCAGCCUGGAGCACCUAGACAUGCACAACAACUCAGUGGUGAGCUUGCAUAAAGUGUUCUUGGGGAACCUCCGACAGCUGCGCAGCUUCAAUCUCGGCAGCAACGGUUUCAAGACCCUGAGGAAUGACACCCUCCAGCAGCUGCAGGGCCUCCCUUUGCUGGCCCUCAAUCUCAGCAGCAACCCCUGGGUCUGCGACUGCCACAUCGAGGACUUGGUGGACUGGCUGAAGGAGAGCAAGCAGGUCGAGGCCAAAGGGUCCCUCGAAUGCUCCUAUCCCCAGGCGUUGGAAGAGCGGUCUUUGGUGAGCAUCGAUGUGUCGGAACUCAGCUGUCCCUUUCUGAUCGAUGACCAGACCCCGCUGCAGACUUCUUACGUCUUCCUCGGGAUAGUCUUGGCCCUCAUUGGUGCCAUUUUCCUCCUGGUUUUAUAUUUGAACCGAAAGGGGAUCAAAAAGUGGAUGUAUAACAUCAGGGACGCCUGUAGAGACCACAUGGAGGGCUAUCACUACAGGUACGAGAUCAACACAGAUCCCAGGCUAACAACCCUGAACUCCAACUCAGAUGUCUGAAGAAGUACUACGGGGAAAUGGGCCUGCUGCAUAAUAGCCCUGCAUGAAAUGUAGACUUUAAAUCUUUCCCUUACUCUCACCUUCUUCCUCUUCCCGUUUCACCUAGACAUCAGAGACUUCACACAUGCAGAGAAUUAUGCCUCCCUGCCCAGCAUUCACAUAGUUGUUAUUAUGGAUGUGGUGCAUGGUAUUAGGCAGUCUGUACCAUUAUUACUUUCAAGCCUUUGCAACUCACUACCGGUUUGUGGUUCAAUAUUUCUUAGCAUCUAAACAGAUAAGAAAUGUUCCCUCUUUGUUUCCCCCUCCGAUAUUUUCAAAGAGUGAGCAUAUAUUAAAAAAUACCGUUCAACAAAGACUGCCUCAACUUUUUUUUGAGAGAGACAUUUUACCGAUUGCCAGAAGGUUGUUUUUAUGCCUCAUAAUUGGGGAAAAGGUUUAUAGGUUGCAUGCAUAUUUAGAAAAGUGACAUGUACAGACAAGCAAGUAAAUAGCAAGAAUGCACAAAGGGAAAACCCUUAGCCCGAGUAAAAUCAUAUCCCUUAGCCAAGUAAAUCAGCUACUGUACUUGGCAUGUUUGCCCUUUCCUUCGUUGUUUGUACAAACCACUUGUAUGGUUCUGCUUUUGGUAAAUAAAUACAAGCAUUUGCAAUUUAUAUGAAAAAUUGUUUUCAAGGAAUUCUCACCUCGUAUAAAUUGCAUAUGAAGUGAGUUUGCACUGUUAAACAAAUCAAUAAAUGUUUCUGUUCUGCUGCAGUAGACUAUCCUCUUCUAAUAAGGAAAUUAAGCCCACAAUACGAUAAAGAUUCUUUCCUUUUUGAUAAAAAU